AUGUGGGGUAUGGGGUAUGGGGUAUGGGGUAUGGGGUAUGGGGUAUGGGGUAUGGGGUAUGGGGUAUGGGGUGUGGGGUAUGGGGUGUGGGGUUUGGGGUAUGGGGUAUGGGGUAUGGGGUAUGGGGUAUGGGGUAUGGGGUAUGGGGUAUGGGGUAUGGGGUAUGGGGUAUGGGGUAUGGGGUAUGGGGUAUGGGGUAUGGGGUAUGGGGUAUGGGGUAUGGGGUAUGGGGUAUGGGGUAUGGGGUAUGGGGUAUGGGGUAUGGGGUAUGGGGUAUGGGGUAUGGGGUAUGGGGUAUGGGGUAUGGGGUAUGGGGUAUGGGGUAUGGGGUAUGGGGUAUGGGGUAUGGGGUAUGGGGUAUGGGGUAUGGGGUAUGGGGUAUGGGGUAUGGGGUAUGGGGUAUGGGGUAUGGGGUAUGGGGUAUGGGGUAUGGGGUAUGGGGUAUGGGGUAUGGGGUAUGGGGUAUGGGGUAUGGGGUAUGGGGUAUGGGGUAUGGGGUUUAAGGUGUUUGCAGUUGCUGGACGCGUUUGGCUAACGAAAUCUGAGAAGCUACUUCCUUCCCAAGACACCACCACACCAGCGUUCUGCUGCACUCGUUUCGGACAUUCCUGGCCACGUGGUGUGAUGAAGCGACGCGACCUGGCUGUGUCUUCCACUCGGCUCCGAGAACGCGCAACAGUCAACAGUCGCAAUAACAACCUCGUGACUAAUGACCCCAACUUCUUCCCAUGGGGUGUAAGUGGCUCCCAUCAUGCCAAAGUCAACCUCACCUGCUCGCGGUACACCCUGCUCCCCACUAACGAGGCUCUGGCGCCCCCUCCCCAUAUGAGGACCUAUACCACAUUAUGGGGAGAAAAAAAUCGGUCGGCAAACGAGCAGACGGAUUACCUGAUGAUCGGCAAACGAGCAUACGGAUUACCUGAUGGUAAGCAAUCAGCGCCGCCCAUGGACACCCGCAACGGAGGAGUUACGAGAGCAGCGACAUCUGGCUGGGUCACCAACUCCAGCUGGGUUACCAGUACCAGCAGCAGCUUCGUGACUUAUGACCCCAACUUCUCCCCACGGGGUGAGUCUAGUGAGCACGAGGCUUCACUAGCUGGCGCCUGGUGCUGCAGCCGUUAUGCAGAGCUGGUACUGGGAGUCAGAUUUAGGACAUGGAGCGUCGUGCUUCUUCGAUACCGAGUUUACAGAAGCGGUGGAACCCGACUGCGUUCUCCACUCAACUUCGAAGAUUGGCACCAGCUUGUUGCCGCAUCACAAGCCUUCGUGACUGAUGAUGACCUUCAUUACCCCCCCACGGGGUGAGCGGCAGGACUUGGUUGCGUUCUUUUCUCGCUGCCGAAGACCAACAUCAGUCUGCUGUCGCUUCACAAGGCCUCUCGACUUAUGAUCCAAAAUCCCCCAUCGGGGUUUCAGGAUGAUAAGGUCAGAUGCGGUCUCAAAUGGGGGGAUCUAGAGGACAACUCAAAGCUUCUUGUCCCUCGAUCUCCCCCCUUUUUAUUGGUGCCGCUUCUGGACAAAUGGUCAUCAAAAUCUUCUCAGGCACUAUAA